AUGGUGGAUUUCAAUAGCACCAACUUCCAGCCCGCAACGUUCCAACUGGCCGGGUUCCCGGGCCUGGAAGCUGCUCACCACUGGAUCUCGAUCCCUUUCUGUGUGUUCUACGUCGUUGCCAUUGUAGGGAAUUGCACUAUUCUCUGCAUUAUCUGGGCAGACCGGCGUCUCCACCAGCCCAUGUAUUUGUUCCUUUGCAUGUUGUCGGUCAACGACCUCGGUGUCUCGCUGUCGACCCUGCCUACGGUGCUCAGCACCUUCUGCUUCAAUGUCACAGACAUCGUGUUUGACGCCUGCCUGGCCCAGAUGUUUUUCAUUCACUCCUUUUCCAACAUGGGGUCAGGGAUUUUACUGGCCAUGUCGUUCGAUCGCUUUGUCGCCAUCUGCAACCCGCUGCGCUACGCGGCCAUCUUGACCAACCCCAGGAUCAUGAGAAUCGGGCUGGCUGUUGUGAUUAGAAGCUUCAGUGUGGUUUUACCAUUGCCCAUUCUUAUUAAACGCUUGCCUUUCUGUCGUGCCGAAGCCCUCUCCCACGCCUACUGUCUGCACCCGGACGUGAUGAGGCUGGCGUGUGCGGACAUCACAGUCAAUAACAUCUACGGCUUAUGUGCUGUUCUCUUUGUCUUUGGAAUAGACUUGCUGCUUAUUGUCAUCUCCUACAUUCUGAUUCUGAAGACCAUCUUCAGUAUCGCCUCUGGGGGGCAGCGUCUCAAGGCCCUGAACACCUGCAUCUCCCAUGUCUGUGCUGUCUUAAUAUUCUACAUUCCAAUGAUCACAGUCUCUGUCAUACACAGGUAUGGCGAGAACGCCCCGCCUCUGGUCCACAUUCUGAUGUCCAGUGUCUACCUCUUCAUGCCCCCUGUGAUAAACCCCAUCGUUUACAGUAUAAAAACCAAGGAGAUUCGAAAGAGCAUCCUCAAAAUGUUCUCUAGGUAA